AUGACUCACCUGCUUGGAAGGUUGUUCAUGUUUCUCCUGCUGUGUGUACUGCUUGGAUUAUUUUUUCCUAUUCAAUGGCACACAAAAACGAAAGAUCCCUCUGUUAAAGUAAUGACAUUUGCUGAUGACACAACAGUGAUUGGUCUCAUUCGAGACAAUGACGAAUCUGCAUACAGAUGGGAGGUUGAACAACUAGCCUUGUGGUGUGGCCAGAACAGUCUUGAGCUAAACACACUCAAAACUAUAGAAAUGAUAGUAGAUCUUAGGAGAAACCCUCCUAUACUAUCACCUCUUACAAUACUAGACAACACAGUAUCAACGGUACAAGGUGAAUCAUACAAUGAUCAGAGUGUCCCACAGCUGCUCGUAGUAAAGACCGAUAAGCAUCUUUUCAUGUUGUAUGAUAAAGAAGAUUGGUUGAAAACACAAAACGAUCGUAAAACCAACUUGGAUUCCAUCUGUCUGAGCAAGAAUUUAAAAAAUUUAAAAAGAAAACUGGAUGUACACGUGGCUAGACAGCUCUUUGUCGAUGAGAAUUACAAACUUAUCUACUGUGAGGUGCCAAAAGUAGGCUGUUCUAACUGGAAGAAAAUUGUUUUGCUACUCAAGCUCAACCUGAGUAGGGAUGUCUUUGAAGUAAGCCAGGGAGAGAUUCAUACAACAAACCUUCUAAAGCGCUUGAGUUCUUAUCCAUCUCAACAACAAGCAGAAUUUUUGAACUCCUUCACUAAGGUGAUGUUUACCAGGCAUCCUCUAGAAAGACUGGUCUCCGCUUACAGAGACAAAUUUUUGCAUGACGAACCUUACUAUAACAUCACAGUGGCAAAUAAGAUUAAAGCCUUGUUUAGGAAGGACAAAAACCUUACAGGGCCUGUGACUUUUCAAGAGUUUGUAAACUAUGUUAUGACAAGGAAUGACGAACCUUUGGAUGUACAUUGGAAACCAAUGUUCCAGUUGUGUGAUCCCUGCAAUAUUCACUAUGACGUUUUGGGAAAGUAUGAGACGCUGCAGGAAGAUGUCAAUCAUACUCUCAGCAGACUGAGAGUUUCAGAGAUGGUCCGAUAUCCAGACAGUAAAUUUUAUGCACAAAGGACAAACAAGAACCUCACUACCCAAUAUCUAAAAGAACUGGACUGGAACCAAAUACAGAAACUCAGGGAACUUUAUCAGAUAGAUUUAUCUUUAUUUAAUUACACUUUUACUGUUAAAAUGGAAGGUGACAUUAAAAUGGAAAUGUCAUUUUCAGGCUAA